AUGGCAGUAUUUGCUGUUCAAAAUAUAAACGAAAAUGAUAAUAUAACACGCUACCAGAUGAGCGGAUACAUAAGCAGUAACGAAGCUACAUGGGGAAUUUUUGGUCUUCAAAUACACGAACGAGAUCCAGCUAUACUAUAUGCAUCUGCGUAUAAUGCACUUGAGUACAUAUCUCGAAAAUGGUCAAUGUGUUUUGUGAAGAAUGAGUUAUUCAUCGAUGGAAUGGAAGAAAAUAUAUAUUCAAUCUUUAAUAAUGAGCAUAGGAACUUCUCGAAUUUGUAUAUGAAUUUCUUAAAUGAAAUUUUAAAGGAAAAUGAUAUUCAAACAUGCAUGUUCAUUUCUAGAGAAGAACCUAUAGACUUACAACAGCAUCUGCAAAUAGAAAUACAAAACAUGUUUUCUAAGCCAGUACUGCACUAUACCAACUGCACAACAUACAGCAACGGACUCAUCUACAACAGAAAUAUGCUCAUUAUUGUGGAAUGGGAUGAAAAGUCCAAAUUAAACCAAACACAGAAUUUAGCUCAAAAUCUGGAGCGGUUACGUCAAGCACAUAUCAUUUUUAUCUACACAGGAGGUGAUUCGCAUGUAGCGAAUGUUUCAAAAUUAGUUGAAUAUCCUUUCGAAUUUUGUCGGAAUAAUAGUAUGAUUAAUGCAAUUGCCAUAUUCCCCCAUUUUGUUGAAAGCCAACAGUUCUACAGUUACAGUGAAUAUCCGAAAUUCAACAUUGAAACAAAAUAUUUUCCCUCAAAUGCAACAAAAAUAUUUCCGGAACGCAUGCAAAAUCUAAAAGGCCAUGAAAUAGUAACAUUGCCAGAUCAAAUUUCACCUCGUACUAUACUUUACCAGACUGCAAGCGGAGAAAAGUUGUUGACCGGCUAUGUUGCGAAGAUGACUGAAUUAUUUGCACAUAGAUUGAACGGCACGCUUACGUAUUCACUUCACUACAACCUCACUUUGGGUAAAUCCAUAUUUUAUCGUGAUUUCACUAAUUUCACACGCAAUGGCACAGUGGAGUUACCCACCAGCAUAUCAAACCCUGGCAAAAAUCAGUCAUAUGAUCAAUUUACAUAUCCUUUUGAAUUGGCCAACUUUUGCUUAAUGGUGCCCGUGGAACUAGAAGAAACAUAUAUUGAUUUUUUUCUUAAACUUCUGCAUUGGACACGAGUACUUGGUGUGUUGAUUAUUGUGGAAGUAUUUUCUAUAUUUUUUGUUGUAUGUCACAAAUUGCUAAAAGUAAACUCCAACCAACCAUUUGUGUUGCAUUGCUUGGAUCUGUUCUUUCAUCCGCAUGCAUUAUCUGGUAUAUUGGGUUUUUCAUUUUUUCUACAUCCACGCCCUUUGCUAUCUCUACGAUUGUUAUAUAUUGUGUUGUUUGUAGUCGGACUUAUUGCUACAACGUUUUUUAAUGUUGAAUUGAAUGCAUUUCUGACGACACCAUCAGCAAAGAAACCGAUUCGUUCAUUGGAUGAUAUCAAAACCUCGAAUUUGAAAAUACUAAUGGGAAACGAUGAAUUCAAUAAUCUUCUUCCCAACAUACGGGAAAACUAUAGAAGUUGUUUUGAGUUAGUAAAUAAAUUUGAAGAGUACAGUGUGGUAAGAGAUUCAUUGAAUACAAAGUAUGCAUAUCCAGUUACCACAUCAAAGUGGUAUGUCUUUGACGCACAACAACGUCUCUUUGAACGCCCACUGUUUCGUUUAACGAAGAUUUGUUUUGAACCUUUAAUGCAUCUUGGAUAUAUUUUAGCACCAGAUUCAAUUUUUAAAGAGCCGCUUCAACAGUUUAUAUUACGUGUGCAGGAUUUAGGUUUGGAUAAAUAUUGGUUAGGACGUUCCUUUUAUGAUUUAGCUGCUAUUGGAAAUAUGAGUUUCAAGGAUCUCUCGACAAAAAGGAGCGUACGCAGAUUAAAUGUAGACGAUUUAUAUUUUAUUUAUGAAAUUCUUUCAAACAUGCUCACCAUCAAAGUCACUGUCACUGCCUGCCGUCGCCGUAAAUCUUAA